UGCAAAAUGUCGCGCAGUGUAGUCUUUCAGCGCCCGAGCUGAAACGCGAAUGCGCAUCGUUGACCGACGCAUCGAGGCAAACACAUGAUUCUGUUAUUAUGGGAUGCUGCCAGAUAUUUGGGGACAGUCUGACAGUGAAUAACGGAGACGUAUUUGAGCGGGUGAGCGAAAGCCAGGUGCAUUAAUCCUGUCCAGAAAACAAACGCGCCAGGAGAAAUACUGUGUAAGGCUCGGGCUGGGAAAUUGUUUUCUUCAGACAAGUAAAUAACAGUUGUGGUAACAUGGAAACGGCUGUCAACAUCUGUCUCCGAGUCGGUUCGAGCCUGAAGGUGGAGCAGGGCUUUCGGCGGCGCUCUCUGUGAGGCAUCGGCUGCUUUCUGACACCAAACGAGGAGGAUGCUCUUUGCCCUACAUGUGAUUGUCAUGUCUUCGGCGUUUUUCAAUCCCAGCUUUGCCUUCAGCUCUCACUUUGACACAGAUGGGGCCCCGCUCAGCGAGCUGUCAUGGCCGUCCUCGUUGGCCGUGGUGGCCGUGUCCUUCUCCGGCCUCUUCACCUUCGUCUUCCUCAUGCUGGCCUGUCUCUGCUGCAAGAAGGGAGACAUGGGCUUCAAGGAGUUUGAAAACACUGAGGGAGAGGAGUACCAGGCAGAUCUCUCCGCUCUGGCCUCGCCUUCCUCCCAGAACGGGCCCGAGGUCUACAUCCUUCCCCUCACAGAGGUCUCGCUGCCUGUCUCCAAGCAGCCGGGCCGAUCCAUCCAGUUGCUGAAAUCAUCAGACCUCGGUCGUCAUAGUUUACUCUAUCUAAAGGAGAUUGGGCACGGUUGGUUUGGCAAGGUUUUGCUGGGGGAGGUAAACGCAGGUCUGAGCACCACCCAGGUGGUGGUGAAGGAGCUGAAAGCCAGCGCCAGCGUCCAGGACCAGAUGCAGUUCCUGGAGGAGGUCCAGCCUUAUCGAACGCUCCAACAUCCUGCCCUGGUGCAGUGUCUGGCACAGUGCUCUGAGGUCACUCCCUACCUGCUGGUCAUGGAGUUUUGCCCCCUGGGUGAUUUGAAAAGUUACCUCUGCAGUUGUAGGGCAGCCGAUGCCGAGGCUCCGGAUCCUUUGAUCCUCCAGCAAAUGGCGUGUGACAUUGCCUCGGGGCUUCUGCAUCUCCAUAAAUACAACUUCAUACACAGUGACCUGGCCUUGCGAAACUGCUUGCUAACUUCAGAAAUGUCGGUUAAGAUCGGAGACUACGGCCUUUCUCACAGCCGAUACAAGGAUGACUAUUACGUAACACAAGACCAGAUCUGGGUCCCCCUGCGCUGGAUUGCACCUGAGCUCAUCGACGAGGUCCACGGAAACCUGCUGAUCGUUGACCAAACCAGAAGCAGCAACGUAUGGUCCCUGGGGGUGAUGAUGUGGGAGCUGCUGGAGUUGGGAAGCCAGCCGUACAGACACUACACAGACAGACAGGUGCUGAACUACGCUGUGAAGGAGCAGCAGCUCAAACUCCCCAAGCCUCAGCUCCAGUUCCCUCUGGCCGAACGCUGGUAUGAGGUCAUGCAAUUUUGCUGGCUCCAGCCAGAGCUGAGGCCCAGCAGUGAGGAGGUCCACCUUCUGGUCACAUACCUAUGUGCCAAAGGCUCCAGUGAGGCUGAGGAGGAGUUUGAACAUCGCUGGAACGCCUUGAGACCCAACCUGCUCGGCAGUACUUCCCACACGGCUGCAUCCACAGCCCUCGUCCUGACCCCUACCCCCGACUCUGCCGACACACCCGGUGCAGACCAAACUCAGGAAGUGGAGCCGGCCUCCUCUGCCUCAUCUUCCUUCCCCCUCCUGGAGCACUUCUCCGACAGCUUCCACUCCGACACAGGGGACGACCUGCUGACUGUCACAGAGACCAGCCACGGUCUCAACUUUGAGUACAAGUGGGAGCAGGCUCGAGCUGAGCAGCCCUACUGCUCCUCCUCCACCAGUGGGCCACUAGGUCAGGGGAACCCACACUACCAGGAUAUUUAUUAUUUGAGCAAAGGAGGCACCUCAGGUGGCUGCAAGACUGACAGCCUCACGUCAGGCAUAUCCCCAUCUUAUUAUGAACCUGACCACCCGGGUGUGGUCCCAGUGUUGAGCGCCCAUAGCCCCUCAGUCUGCAGCGAGUACUACAUUCGCAUAGAGGAGCCUGUAGAGUGUAAUAUUAACCUGGAUGAAAGCAUUGUAGACUACAGCCCAGGAAUGGAGGCCAGCAACAGCAGGUUGUCACCUGAUAGUCAGACAGGUUCGUCCGCGGCCGAGCCCGGGGCUUACUGGUCCACUGACCACAGAAAAUCCACCGCCUACGACUCUGACUCGAGCCCCACUGUCAUGGCGCCGCUAUUAAGACAGGCAUCCAGCAUCAGUCCUGAGAACUUAGGCCACACCCCCAACUGCUUCUCAGCCAAUCAGGUCAGCGCGGCCCACUGCGAACACUCGAGUCCGUCUGAGCUGGAUACGUCUCCAGAUUCUCGAUCAACCCUCGUCCACCCAGUGGGACGGUUAGAAAGUACGCGCAGUCUGUCACAAGCAGUGAGCAGCCCCAGCUUGGGCUUCUGCGACCCCUACCUUGAAGCGAGCACCGGCCGUAGCAUGGUUAACGAUAGCUGCCAUAGUAUGAUGGGUCCCCUCAGGAAGACGCUGUCCGUUAACCACGUUAGCAUCGAUGUAGGAACAGACGACACGGUGCUGGUAGGCCAGCGGGGAGGUGAACACAUGGAGGAUGACCUGUUCGCUGAGGGAGAGGCAACUAAUUGGACCUCAAACUAUUCCGCCAACAAUAAUAGCUUUAGCUGUGAGAGCAGGCAGGCGAACAGUGGGCACGACAGCUAUCUGGACCUUCAAUACGCUGCUCACUCUGAGUUAUGUUCGCUAACCAAGGCCACCACCAGAACUUUCCAAAGCAACAGGUCUUCUGGCACUUUGGAGGCAGGAGCAGGAGACAGCAAGCCAGCGGAACUGGGAUCAUAUAUUCACUUAUGUCACAAGGAAACGGAAAAUGCCACUCAGGUGGAAAGGAAUGUGCCUACAGAAAAUAUAAGAAACAUUGAUUCUCUUACCAGCUCAACCCUUACGACUAGAGGUUCACAGGAGGGAAAAGGUGAAAAGCAGUUGCUGUAUAAUGGAGAGAGACCGUUCUCUGAGCCUAAAAUGAUACCUGACGUAAGCUAUAUGAAGUCCCCGUCUUCUUUCAAAGAUCCUCAGGCCUGUCAAACAGACAAGCACAGAGGUAGCAUCUGUUUCGGUGUCGCUGCAGGAUUGUCCGUCGGGCAGGGAAGCAGCAAACUAAACUAUCCUGAGACAACAGAAAGUAGCAAAGGAUUAGACGGCCUUAGCCUGGCUGAGCUUGGAGACUAUAGCGAGGACGAUGAUGACGACAUUACAGAUAUUACAUCUGGUAUCUUUGCCGACUUCAACUUAGAUUAUGCUGAGGCAGACGAAGAUGAGCUGAGUCCAACAAAGAAUCCAGAGGAAAUGACUGAAUCCGUGGAAGCCCUUAACCUUUCCUCAUCGAUAGCGAGUACGUGUGAUCAGGCCUUUAGCCCUGAUCCUUUCAAUACCCCCAUCCUGCCCAAAUCACUGGACAGUGGCUAUGACACGGAGAACAACGAAUCUCCGGAGUUUCUUUUCAAGGAGCUUGGAGACGUGCGAGCUGUUGAAAUGAGCCCAAGGCUGAGCGGAGAGUCCGAACUCGUGCUGCAGGUGGGCUUUGGCCACGGGCUGUGCCCCUCCACCAGUGCUUCAGAGGCCCCCCCAUCCCACGUUAAGGAUCUGAGUGAUAAGAAUCCUUAUAGAGACUCCGCCUACUUCUCUGAUUAUGAUGUUGAAAGUGAGAGAAGUCCACAAGAAGAUGGCAGCAAGUUUUUCCCAGGGCCACAUACCCAUGACUUCCAUCCUGGGAAACUUACCUGCACCAGAGAUGAGAGUCUGAUCCAAAGGCAGUUCAACAAUGAAGACCUUUUAACAGAUCUGAGGCCAAUUAAGAGUUGUGCUCUAGUGAAUCUGUACGAGGCUGACCCCAAUUCACCCCAUCCACUUCCCACCCCUGGCUUGUCCAUGCUGUCGCCAUUUCCUCCCCAAAUGGGCGGCUGCCUGACCAAAGAGUCAGCCCCUGCAGAUGACGACCUCGGGCUGCAGACGGAUCACUCAGGAGAGGAGCAUUCCUCAGAGCUUAGCACAUCCAAUGGCUCUGAAGCCUCCUCGAGUGUCCCAGAGGCCGCGACCAACAAUGAGGAGAGCAACCGGAGAGCAAACACCUGCUCCCCUGUCCAGUCUUUAAGUUCUGACUCCAUUAAUGACUACAGAGAUGAGGGCUCCAAGGACAACAAAAACCCUGAAGGGUCCACAGAGGAGGAGGAGUUGCCCGAGUUUAGUCUUGCCAAGGAUGAGGCGGAGGGCAAAAGCGAGGGCGUCCGAUUAAAUGAGGAGGACUUUGAGGACAUAGACGCGGAGGAGUGCGACUCGCAAGAGACUUUGUGUGAAGGAUCCAACGGGCCCGUGGACCUGUCCACGUCCUCGUCCUUGUUAGAGCUGUGUGGGGAAGACGUGAGAGCGCCGCUGGAGGAGGCGGAAGAUGAGGACGACUCCGACGACAGCGAGUCCGACGAGGAGCUGAGGACCUACAACAUUCAGGACGAAGACAGUGAGGAGAGCGAGGAGGACUUCACCACGGUGCCGGUGGUGGUGAGCGACUGCAGCAGAGCCAGACACCUCCGCAGUCUCCUGAAGAUGCCCACGCUGCUCACACAGUCCUUCUGUGAUGAGCUGGAGAGGAAGAAAAAGGCUGUGUCCUUCUUUGAUGAUGUCACCGUGUUCCUUUUUGACCAAGAGAGUCCUACUGGAGAGCUGGCUGACUUUGCCUUCUCAGGAGGAGCCGAACCCAGUGCACAGACCCAACCCGACCCGGGAGUCGAAGCGCUGGCCUGCGAAACGUUCUGCUCUGAUGAAAGAGACGGGAGCGUCCCAGAAGACGGUGGAGGAUGUGAAUGGGAAGACGACCUCGCCUUUAUGCCCCGCCCCCCGUCGCCCGACGCUACAGCCGAGCCCCAGCCGUCGCUCGCUCCCAUCUCCAACAACCCGGAAGCGCAGAAACCUGCAGCUAUGUCACUGAACCGUUUUAUGGUUUCACGAUUCUCCAUCACACACGUCUCCGACACCCACCAGGGCUCAGCAACAGGCAACAGUGAAGACGGCCCAAAAGCCUGAGGAAUCGACGGACUAACUGGAAGAGAAUGAGUCCUUCUCAACACAGGAAGCAGCAUUAAUUAUAUCUAGAUGUUCUAAAGAGUUUUAUUUUUAUCAGCGUUUUGGGCGUCUGACCCUGGUGACCCUUUAUGAGACAGUGCCUCAUACUAUGACACACCCUUGAUGAUUUGCACACUUUGUCUUUUAUUUUUAUUUUGUGAUGCUAAAAAGACAAAACCAGAUACAAAAUCUGUCCAUAUUGUUUGAAGAAAAAACAUAUAUGACGCUAACAUCUGCUGCGUGCAGCUCAGAGGUAGUUUAAAUUUAAGGUUCUGAAUUUCUGCCUGUUUCUUGUGGCUGCUCUUAUCGUCCAUCUGGACUCUCUGAAGACUGUUCCAACAUAGAAAAAUGAUGCCCAAUUCCAAAUAACCCCCCAAAAAAUCUCGGCUAUGAAUGGUGGUGAUGCUGAACUGUAAGGCCUGCUAUUACCACAACUCGCUCUGGUUAGGAAGUUCCAGUGUCUCAGCACUCUGUACAGCCAAACUGGGUCUGUUUGUAGAUCAGUUACUAUACUCCUCACAUCCUGGAAUGAAACGUCCAUAGGGUUCCUUAUCGUUCAGUUAUGUGGCAUUUUCACUUUGUUUAAACCACACUUCAUCAGCGACAGAAUGACAAAGCGAGUGGAGACACGUUCCCUCACGGUUCGGCGGCGUCACGUCAACAUGCUCGUCGUAGAUGUUGAAUGUCCGUUAUCUUUUCUACAUGUACGUAUUAUUCACGGUGUCAUACAUGAUGUAUUUGAUUAUGGUUGUGCUGAAGCCCAGGUCUGAGGUGUUUCCCCCCCCCUAAAAAUAAUCAAAGUGAAAAAAUCGAAUAAGCCACAUCUCACAUACAGUAUUGUGUGAAUGUUAUAUCGACAUGUAGCAGGUAGCUUGACUUGAAUUACUACUGCUGUAUUGGCAGCGCCCUCCUCCUCUCCUGAAGGUCAAAGUGCCAACAGUUUGCUCCUGUCUGGACUUGUGAAGUCCAGCGGGAGGAGAGACCUAACCAUGCUUGUGUUUUUGUCCAAGCUUUUAAAACGGAUUCAAUCCAGGAAAGACGCUUUCAAAUUUGCCAAAGAGAUGCUACAGUAUGAAGCCCAUUGGCGUCAUGGCGACAGACAGCUGGAGAAGGUUGGGUGACUCGUCCUAUGCACCGGUAGUAACAUCUUCGCUGUUUCCAUUUCUUCCUCACUCACGGCUACUGUACUACCCCAAACAAAUAAAAUCAAAUACGUUUUCCGUU